GGCGAAUCGUGAUACUGACAAUAAUGUUAGUUGGUGGUAGAUCGCCGGACGACGGUUAGUUAGUCAGUGCAAAACAAGCUCCAUAAACAGUCGGAACAGAAAAGCGUUCGAGGAAGAAGAGCCUUCCGUUGUUUCCGGCGUUCAAUUAUCGCAAUAUAGUGCAAAUUGUUAACACAGAUAUUCGGCAAAACUGGUUCCUUUUUCAAUUGAUUAUACUCGAAAUCGAUUUACCGCAAAUAUCGUUAAACGAGCGCAAAAUUAUGUGCGUCGUGCGAAGAUCAUUCCCUCGAUGACCACGGGCCAGUGAACGUCGUUCUCUUUCAACCGGAGCGUACGAUCUUCGAGGAGGAGAGAAACAAAAGAAAAAAAAAAACAAGAAGAAGAAGAAGAAGAAGAAGUUAUCCGAUCAUGGAGGUGCUGAUGCACGAGGCGUCGAGGGCGCCGGAUGCGACGUAUAACCCUGAAGUGAGUGCUGCACCCGCGGGAUCAAUCGCCGUGGACCAAACUGCGAACGGCCUUGUUCAGCCGGUUUCUAUGACAAAGCCAAAAAAACAACCGGUCGACAUACUUUUCGAAGAUCUUUCCUACACGGUAUCACUCGGUUUCAGAAAAGGUGAGAAGAGAAUCUUACACAGGAUUAAUGGAAGAUUACCAGCCCGAGAGCUAAUUGCAAUUAUGGGACCCUCCGGUGCUGGAAAAUCAACCCUUCUCGAUGUCCUUUCGGGAUAUCGCAUCACGGGGGUCGAAGGAACAGUUCUGGUCAACGGUCGCUCUCGUAAUCUGAACGUUUUCAGACGGUCCAGCGCUUACAUCACACAGGAUGACAGACUGCAACCUCUUUUAACGGUCAUUGAAAACAUGAGGAUAGCAGCAGAUUUGAAGAUGAAAACCAGCACUUCAAUCUACGAAAAGGAGGCUACCAUAGAAGAGAUCCUCACCAAACUUGGCCUCUACGGGCACAUGCACACUAGGGCCAGCAGGCUCAGUGGGGGUCAAAAAAAGAGACUGUCCAUCGCUUUGGAAUUGGUGAACAAUCCUCUCGUUAUGUUUCUGGACGAACCCACCACAGGUUUGGACAGCUCAUCCUGUACACAAGUUGUGAAAUUAUUACAAGUUCUCGCGCGACAAGGACGAACUAUAGUUUGUACCAUUCAUCAACCGAGUGCUUCGCUCUUCCAACUUUUCGAUCAGGUGUACGUCCUGGCUAGAGGGGAAUGUCUGUACCAAGGGGCAGCGAGUCAGAUGGUUCCGUACCUGGAUAGUGUGAAAUUGCCUUGUCCAGUUUAUCACAAUCCAGCGGAUUAUGUGAUAGAAUUGGCGUGCGGGGAACACGGCGAGGAUAAAAUCGACACAUUGGUCGGGGCGAUGCAAAAUGGUAGAAGUAUUCAAUGGUUUACAAAUCGUGACGCGAUAUUGGAUGCGGUUGCCUUGCGUGCUAAACACCCGCUGAAAGAAUCUGGUUUCUAUGAAAAAGUAUCGAGCCAGGAAACUUCGCAAUGGAAUCAAUUGAAAGUUCUUCUCAGAAGAGGAUACCUGAAAACCAAAAGAGACACUACACUGACCCACCUCCGCUUAGCUGUAAACAUCUUCACUGGGAUUAUGCUUGGAACAUUGUUCUUACACGCCGGUGAUGAAGGCGCCAGAGUUUUGGAUAACUACAAUCUCCUCUUUUCCAUCCUCAUGCAUCACAUGAUGACCACUAUGAUGUUGACCAUACUCACCUUUCCAACCGAGAUGAGCAUUCUGCAGAAGGAACAUUUCAACCGGUGGUACAGUCUGAGAUCUUACUACAUCUCCGUCACUCUGGUAGACAUUCCGGUUUCCAUAGUUUGCUGCCUCUUGUUCACGGUGAUCGUUUACUUCAUGUCGGCGCAGCCUCUCGAAAUCGAACGAUUUUCCAUGUUCCUCGCUAUAAGUUUGCUGGUCUCCUUCGUCGCUCAAAGCUUCGGACUCAUGAUCGGAGCCGUAUUCAACGUCGUGAACGGAACUUUCCUCGGCCCGACCAUUUCCGUACCGAUGAUGAUGUUUGCCGGCUUCGGAGUGAGCUUGCGCGAUCUGCCGCCCUAUCUGAAAUGGGGUAGCUACGUCAGUUACCUGCGAUAUGGGCUCGAAGGAUACGUCGGUGCGAUCUACGGACUGGAUCGGCAAACGCUCGCCUGUCAAACGGAGCAAUACUGUCACUACAGAUACCCGAAAAAGUUCCUCAUGGAAGUAGCGAUGGACCCGGAUCAGUUUUGGUUCGACAUAUCCGCGCUGGCCGUCAUUUUACUACUGACUCGUCUCAUAGCCCUCCUGUUGCUCAGGUUCAAGCUGAUCUCGUCUCGAUAAAUAAAACUAACAUAAGCACCGCAUAGCAGUUCGGGUGCGAUCAGACGCUAGGAUAAAACUACAUAUUUAUUAUGUGCGGGGUGUUGAGAAAUCGCGACGCGUCUAUUGGUCGGUAGCGGCCGCUGAGGACACGAGAAAUAAAUCGGUUCAAUUUUUUCGCUCCUCCUCGGUAUAAGCGGUAACGGCCAAGUCACGGACCGACGGCGGAGUGAAUUUUUCUUAUCUCCGACAAUGAUAUUAGCUACGCGAAGAAGACUUGGAUGAAUUUGUCCGACCAAACACCUCGAUACCGUUUAAAAGAUGGGCGCGGUGAGCGCGAAACUUUCAUUGCAUCGGGAUAAUCCCAGAGGAUAAGUAGCGACUAGAUUUCGUAGAAUAAAAUCAAUUGAUUGCAAUAACUCGUACGAGAGUCUGGAUUAUCCUUGACUCGCGUUAAAAAAUAGGCCGCGCGCUGCGCACUUGCGCUUCGGAUCAGACGUUGAACUCCCUCCGUAUACGUUGGUGUAAUUACCGUGCAGGUAUACGAAGAUGUUGACGGCACUUUUCGGGGGGCUCAUUUUUCAGCGACUUUUCUCAUCGAUCGUCGGGCUAUACGCGUGACACCGCUUUUCUACGUGCGUUAUAGCGUGAGUCGACGGGUAUGAAAAAAAAACGAAAUUGAGAUCAAAGAAAAAAUGUAACCAUGGUAAAAAAUCAUACGCGGUAAAUUUAUCAAUGCAAUUUUAUUCGUAUUAUAUUAUUAUAGUCAACCGUUGCUCAAUUUUUGAUAAACCAAACCGAUUCAUAUCUAUAUAUAUAUAUAUAUACACGGUAUUUUGUUAACGGUGUGAUGUACACGGACGAAAUAUUAAUCAACCUUACAAAAUGAUAAUUAGAUAUAAUGGUUAGAAUUUUAUACCUCUGUAAGAUUUACAAUUAAUCUUAAAAUUGAACGAAUAUGGUCAUUUUUAUUUGACCGUUUGUUAAGAUUAAAUUAAAAAAAAACUGUAAAUAAUAAAAGUGUGUUCACUUUUCCAAUA